CAAAGAACAUUCCUAAGCGAUCUUUCGUAAAUCUUGAAGAAACAAAAAGAUUCGGUCUCCCCUUUCACUUUCAACAGCUCUUUCAACGCUUUUUUGUUGCUUGGACGACCCUACUAGAAUCAUCGCCACAAGCCACAAGGAACGUUACUGUUCUAGCCAUCGUCAACAUCACUCCAACAGCAAUGUUUCCCUCCUCUACUUGUCAAACAAGAGUGUUACUACUCGCCACUAUUGCCUUGCUGUUGUUGCUCCCAACAGCCACGGCCGAAAAUCAUCUCCGUCGACAGUUGCAACAAGGAGACAGCUGCCACGGGACCAAUUACGUGUGUAGUUUCUACUACAACGAUGGAGGCUCGUGUUCCGAUAUUUCGGGUUGCAGUUGGUCGUUUGCGGGAGAAUGCUCCGAAAGUGGAUGUUGUCAAGGUGUUGCCAAGCAGUGCGAUGAAAUGAGCAGUGAAACACCCUGUUUGGCACAAGGCUGUAAAUGGGGGCCUGCGCCGCCCAAUUGUUUCUCGGGGGACAUGGUCGUGCCCGUGAAAGGCAAUGGGAUGAAGCCAAUGAAGGACUUGCAAGUGGGAGAUUGGGUGUGGACGGGAAAGUCCAGGUACCAGCCCAUUUAUGCCUUUGGACACAAUGAUCCGAACGAGACUGUGGAAUUUCUGCAAAUUCACGUGAAAGCAGGAGAUAGUGCUACAGAACAACAACACCAACAAAACGACAAUGUAUCGAUAUUGGAGAUUACUGGGGAUCAUCUGAUUUAUGUUCAGGGCAAGAAAUUUCCCGUACCAGCAGCAACCGUCCAAUUGGGCGACUCGUUGUGGAGCCAAGCGACAGAAAAGCCAGCCCCAGUACUUGCCAUCACCACGGCACAGAAACAAGGAAUUUAUGCACCCCUCACGGCAGACGGAACCAUUGUGGUUGGCCAAGGAUGGAUCCUGGCUUCCACCUACACCACACUACAGGAUCGUCAUGUCGAUGAUGAGGACAGUGGCAUGUACGCCACGUUUCGCAAUACCAAUGGCCUACUAUCCUCGCUUUUAUUACCAAAAGUCUCCCAUCAUGACAUUGCCCACACAUGUGUGGCUCCCUUUCGCAUCUUUUGUUUGGUAUGGGGCCGUGGAUCACAGUGGUGCCAACCAAAUAAUAACAAUGUUGAUGGCAUGCCCACAUUUGUCCGCAAAGCAUUCCAAUGGGCGCGUUGGUUGGACACGCAGAGCAUGAUGGUGCAGAUUACGACCUGGGCUCUCUUUCAGGUAUUUCGUGUGAUCGUGGUUCCUCUGGAAAGCGUCAUCCUGGCAGCAACAACAAUAACAAUCCACUCUUCUGGGAAUGAUAAAGCGUUCUGGGUGACAGCAGUUGUGCUGGUUGCAACAGCCAUUUGGAUUUUGCUGCGAUACAAAAUCAACUUUCGGUUCGGGUUCAACAAGACGAACUACUAGUAGCCUCCAAGAGCCAAAUUUAGCCGGCGGUUAGAAGAUGGUACUGUAGUGGAGACACUUCAUGAGACUUUCCCUUUGUCAAGUAUGUAUGGGAAUGGGAUACUUGGUCAGUUUGAGUUUAUAAAAAAGGCAGAAAGAUACCGGUACGGGAGGUACCAGCCGGUGGUUGCCAGCAAUGUGACGUGUAUUUUAGCGAAACAGAAAGUGUAGUUAUACUUUGGUGAUACUUGGAGGUGUCUCUUGCUCUAGUUCAACGACCAGGUAGA